AUGUCAAUACAUCUCCCAGCAUGGAACACUGGAUCAGUUUUGUAUAUUAUUUGGACUAGCGUCAUGUGUCUAGCGGUAGCCGUCAAUGCUCUUGUAUGGAAUGAUAACACUGAAAACUGGGCACCUGUGUGGUGUGAUAUUUCUUCCCGCCUCAUUCUGGGGGGCAGCGUCGCCAUUCCUGCGGCGACUCUGUGUAUAAACCGGCGCCUGCACCAGAUACUCACGCUGAGGUAUCAAAGACAUCGCUGUGUCCUGAAUGUGGCCACAGAUACUUGCAUUGGGCUCGGUAUCCCCGCUCUGGUGAUAGGAACGUAUUCUGUGAUCCAGCACUAUCGUUUCUUUCUUGUGGAAAACAUUGGGUGCUACCCAUCGGUCGGUCCAUGGCUAGCCAGCAUUCCGUUAAAUCUGGUGUGGCCGUUGCUGGUCACGAUUAUUUCGGUGGUCUACUCUGUUUUUGCAAUACGCGCGGCGAUCAGGCAAAGAAACAAGUUUGAACACAACCUGACAGGGAACAAUCGCCUACCAACAGCACAUCGUUCCAGAAACCUAAUGAUCCUUUGCCUGAUACAGAACGUCUAUCAGCUAGUGGUCUCCAUAAUUAAUCUGAUAAGCAUGGUACCUCAGGGCACAAGCGAAACGGGAAGCUUUUGGCCGGGGUGGACAACGGUGCACGCAAACUCAAGUCAUGUCUCUUCGUGGCUAGCACGGCCGGUUCCUUCCACAAUCGCUGCUCAGAUUUCUCCCUGGACGCGCACGGAUUGGCAAGGAAAUCCAUGGGUGGCUCUAUCGAUGUACUUGUUUGAAUGGACUUAUGUCGUCCAUGCGCUGUUCUACUUUGCCUUGCUUGGCUUCACCCGCGAGGCCAAAACCUCGUACGCCCGGAUGUUCCGAUUAUUCAGGUUGAGCCAGUCGCGUCAGUCCAUGGAAGGGUCCAGCACGACAAUCGUGCCCUCCGACGUCGACAAGCAAAUAACCAGUGACACGUCCCAGGGGCGUCCGCGCACCCGCACAGCGACGCGGACAGCGAGCAGCUUGGCGUCCAUGCUGUUUCUGUCGUUUGGUUCCGUACGGCCAGCGCCUGGGGCAGCGGGGGACCGAAGUCCGAAUGCACUCGAGCAGGCAGGUGACCGUGAGCCGGAUGAUGGAGAUGGGAUAUCACUGGACACGCUUGGUGACGGCAGCAAGCUCUCCGGAGAUAGCUGCGAGGGUCCGGAGGCGCUGGCGAGGCUGCCGGCGGUGUCGGUUGGAGAGCGGCGAGGGGGGAAGCUAGAUAGAGUGCUGGGCAGAUCGCCAUCGGCAGCCGAGAUAACAUAAAGAUAGCACGAAACAUGGUUAAGAUU